AUUUCCAUUACAAGGUGGCUUGGGAUAUCACCAAAAAUUUAAUGUUGACAGUCUAUAUGCCGAGCUAACAGCUAAUCUUAUUAAACUGGAAAAGAUACAAAGCAAUUUACAGAAGCUACUUGAAGACAAUAAGUGAACUGCCGAUUGCCUUUUGAUUACUUCAUUCGCACAUUUUUUCUCCAGAUAAGCAACUCUGAAGAUAAUAUCAGGCUUAGCCAAUCAAGUUAUGUGUACUUGAGCUCAGUUCAAAUUCACAACUCUUGGGCAACUUAUUUUCUCAGAGGACAAUCCAUUUCUUUGUCUACACUGUAUAAGAUGAAUAACUGAGAGGAUCCAUCUCAGGCCUUAUUAUUAUUAUCCUGACUGGCUCAAGUUUGACUCAGCCUCCUUCUGAGCCUAGUAAAAUGCAGACCCAGAUUGUUGGGGCCAAUAUGCUGACUGUGUAAAGCGCUUAGAGAGAACAGUAAAGCACUGUGAAGAGGUAUAUAUGUCUAAGUGCUAUUGCUGUUAUAUUACUUAAGCUUACCAUAAAUCCAUUCUGUUGUACUGUAUUUUAAGCAACCAAUAUGAGCAUAUACAAUUUGCUGUGCAACUAAGUCUGGAAAAGUUUAUAGCUUGUAUAUGCUUAUAUCUUGAACAUUCUAGUUUCCUUCUUUUUUCCCCUACCUAAGAAGGAAAGUCUGAACAUAUCCAGAAUGGCAUUAGCUGGACUCUAUAAAUUUAAUUUUGUGAAUACGUUAGCCUUCUGAUUUGAUCAAGUUCUUUCUGGCACCUUCCUACAGAGUUGCCAAAUAGAAUCUGUGCUGUUUGCUCAGCUGCAAUUAAAUAUAUGUUCCUGUUUUACACAGGAUCAUGAAUGCACACAUGCAUGUAUACCUAUAUCCACCAAAGCCUUCAUUGGUAAAGUUUUCUAUCAUGCCCAGGUACAAGUAAAGCACAUCAGAGGACUUUUACAAUCAAAGUUUAACAAUCCUAAUUCCAUAGAGUUGGCUCAGACCAAGUUAGUAACACGUUGAGUCAGUUGAAAUUUGUUUCUAUAUGUGUGUGUGUGUUUCAGUGAUUGUUGACUCCUGUCAAUAGCCUGGUAUGUCCCUGCAGUUUUGUUGGCAAAGAUUCUGAAGUGGUUUGGUUUACCGCCUUCCUAGGAGAGAUUGUUUCAUGGUCUUCCAUCUUCCAGCUGGCUUUGUGCCUAAGGUGGGACUAGAACUCAUGCUCUCAUGGCUUCUAGCCCAGUGCCUUAACAACUAUACCGAGCUGCCUAUCUUUAGACCUUAAUUUGACAUUAUUUUAGAAUUACAUUGGUCUUAGUGAGUCACUAAUACAGUCAUUUGUAUAAGUGAUAGCCCUAAUUUCUACUUGAGUUUAAAUAUGUCAGCAAUAUUAAGCCUGAAUUUAGGUGGCCUGAAAUCUGUGCAUUCGUAUCCAAUUACGCAAUUGAUAUAAGUCCAAUAAGUCCAAUAAACCUAAACCUUUUAGAUAAAACAGCAUAAUCAUCUAUAAAACUAAAGUGAAGUUCAGAUACUAAUAUAGACAUCAUUAUAGGAGUCUAUAUUAUUCCAACCAAACCAAUUGAUAAACUUGUACAUUUGACAUACUUUAAAUUAGUUAUAAGCCAAGGUUUUGUGGCUUUUUACUUUAUUUUUCCUUUUAUUUUUUAUAUACUGUAUAUCUUACUGUAUUGGGGUAUUGCAAUCGAUCUUAUUUGUAUUGGAACUUUCAUUUCAUUCAUUCUUAUGGAAAGAUGGCUAAUCCAUGAGUUCAGCAUCUCAAAACAAGUGAUGAAAUAAUGUGCAAUAUUAGUCCGUAGCAUUUUAAUUUAAAGCCAUAAUUUUUCCAUUAGAAAAUCCUUAACUUCUGCUAUAUACAUAGUCCUCGAUUUAUGACCACAAUUGAGCCCAAGAUUUAUGUUGCUAAGCAAGACAUUUGUUAAGUGUGUUUGGC